GCAACGACACCGCCCUGGCUCAGCUCUGUGGGGACGAGGGUGGCAUUGACGCUGCAGCACUGACCGAGAACGGCACCAUGCUCUUCUUCAGAGGCAAGGAGGUCUGGGAGACCUCGCCGCGGGGACCCCAGCCCCAUGGCCACCCUCUGGCUGCAUCCUGGCUGGAGAUGGAGGGUCCUGUGGAUGCGGCGCUGCGCAUCCACCGCCGGCAGCACUCUGAGGAGCACCAGAGCCUCUACCUCUUCCAGGGCGAGCAGGUCUGGUCCUAUGCUGGGAGGCAGCUGCGCCCUGGCUUCCCCCGGCGCAUUGGGGACGAGUUCCCGGGGGUCCCUGGGGGCCUGGACGCUGCUGUGGAGUGCCAUCCCGAGGAGUGUGGCGGGGAGACCAUCCUCUUCUUCAAGGGGGACAAGGUGUUCUCCUUCGACCUGGCGUUGCGGGUGACGAAGCAGCACACGUGGCCGUGGCUUGGGCCCUGUGAUGCGGCGCUGCGCUGGCUGGAGCGCUACUACUGUCUGCAGGGGACCCGCUUCCAGCGCUUCGACCCCCUCACUGGCGAGGUGCCCCCCGGGUACCCCCGUGACCUACGCGACUACUUCAUACCCUGCCCAGGCCGAGGCCAUGGUCACGGGAACGCCUCGUGGGGGGACGCCGGUGACCGCUGCAGUGGGUUGCCUUUCCAGGCCGUCAUCUCCGAUGACACCGGCCGCAUCUACGCCUUCCGCGGCGGACUGUUGUUCCGGCUGGACUCGUGGCGGGACGGGUGGCACGCCUGGCCCCAGGGACACAGUUGGCCAGGGCUGCAGGGCGAGGUGGAUGCUGCCUUCGCCUGGGAUGGACGCACGUACCUGAUUCAGGGCUCCCAGGUCUCCAUCUACCUCUCAGGCCAGGGCCACCGGCAGGUGGAGGGGUACCCGAGGGCUCUGCAGGAUGAGCUGGGUGUCCCCGUGGCAGACGCCGCCUUCACCUGCCCUGGCUCCGCGGAGCUCUACGUCAUUGCAGGGGACCGCAUGCGGCGCGUGGACCUGACACAGAUGCCGCGACAUGCGGGCGAGCUGCUGCAGCUGCCCCACGACGGUGUGGAUGGUGCCAUGUGCACUGCCGACGGCAUCUUCCUCUUCCGCGGGGACAGCUACUACCAGUACCGCAGCGUGGACGAGCUGCUGGGGGCGCGCCUGCCCGCCCCUCCCAAAAGCAUUGCCGUCGACCUCUUUCGCUGCCCGCAGUGACCGCGGCCCCUCCUGCUGCCCAAGGAUUCAAUAAAAGCCAGGGAACCCCCAA